AUGUGUGAUCAAGAUCAAAAUGUCAACAACCUGGCUAAGUUAGAGUUUAGCCUCAGUGGAAGUGAGGAUGAUAAGCAGUCUGAGGAAAAAGAAAUGGAAUUGGAAGUCACACACACGAAAGGGUGCAAAGAAAAAGAACUUGCUGAGGAAAACUUAGUGGCUACUUCUAGUCCUAAUUUGACCAACUUGGAGCAUAAAAGCAUGCAACAACAACUAUCUCUAACAGAUUUUGAAGAUAUAUAUCCACCCGGUGGAAGCCAAGAAGUGAUUCUCUACACCACAAGCUUGAGAGGUAUAAGAAAAACCUUUCAGGACUGCAACACAAUACGGUUUUUGUUGAGAAGCUUCAAGAUAAAGUACCAAGAAAAGGAUGUUUCUCUGCACUUGGAGUAUCGAGAGGAACUAUGGAAGAUCUUGGGUGGCAAAGUGAUCCCUCCAAAGCUUUUCAUUAAGGGGAGGUACAUUGGAGGAGCUGAUGAAGUUGAAGGAUUGCAUGAGAUGGGUUGGCUUGGAAAGCUUUUGGAUGGAACACCAAUUGACUUUGUUGAUGUUCCUUGCAAAGGAUGUGCCUACAUGCGGUUUUCUAUUUGCUCCAAUUGUAAUGGUAGUUGCAAAGUCGUCACCAACAACGUGGAUAACAAAAAUGAAUUGUUCAUUAGGUGUCCCGAUUGUAAUGAGAAUGGACUUGUGAAAUGCUCCAUAUGCUGCUAG